AUGAGCGCUUCCGCUCACUGCAAAUCAACUGCAAAUGCCACCACUGCUUCCAAGGCCAAGGGGCGCCCGUCUGCUCAACACCAUCCGCAAUUGGCGGACCAUCAUGUAUCGACGGGACUACCGAGACCGCGCCUCGAGUAUCGAAAAAUCUCAGAGAAUGCAGUCUUCAAGUCUCACAAUGCAUUUAACCGUAAGGCUGCUCUCCCUAUUGGUGCCAUACAGACGAUAGCUCGCCUGUACGAGGAUCAGAAGGACGUGCUCAAUUCCCUCAACACUAAACGGCAUGCUCGCUCUACUGUCGGUGAACGGAUACGGGCCAGUGCUCAGGAUCCACAAUUGAAGCAGGCAGCGCUCGAUGAAGCGAAGUCGCUGAAAGCAGAGAUCAUGGACCUAGAGUGCCGACUUGAAGAGCUUGAAGGUCGCCUCUAUUCACUCGCCCUCGCGCUCCCGAAUGAUACCCACCCGGAUGUGCCCAUCGGUCCUGAGUCAGAGGCAGUGACGCUUUCGACUCAUGGCCCCGAACCUAUACCAAUCUCUGCGGAACGAGAUCAUCUUUCCAUAUGUCGUGCUCUGAACCUGGUCGACCUCGAGGCCGCAGCCACCGUGACAGGAUCUUCUUGGUACUAUUUGGUCAAUGAAGGUGCCCUCCUCGAACUCGCUCUCGUCAACUAUGCACUCAGCAUUGCAAUAAAACAUGGCUUCACGCCCGUAACCACGCCUGAUGUCGUUCGUUCAGACAUCGCAAGUCGCUGUGGGUUCCAGCCCCGAGAUCAGAACGCAGACCCUCCCGUCUCCCAAAUGUAUCACAUCGCGAACCUUGAUCCCGAAGCCGCAAAGGCGUACCACCCGGAGUUCGUGUUGGCUGGCACUGCGGAGAUUCCCCUCGCCGGGAUGUUCGCAAACAAGAUCCUACAAGCCCAGGAUCUGCCUCGUAAGGUGGUCGGCCUUGGACAUGCCUUUCGUGCAGAAGCGGGUGCGCGUGGCGCGGAUACGAGGGGGCUCUAUAGAGUUCAUCAGUUCACCAAGCUAGAGCUGUUCGUCGUCUGCGAGGAAGAGCAAAGCGAGAAAAUGAUGGAGGAGAUAAGAAGAUUGCAGGUGGAGAUCUUUGGUAGUUUGGGAUUCCCCUUCAGGGUCCUGGACAUGCCCACCGAAGAGCUCGGCGCUAGCGCUUACCGAAAAUACGACAUGGAAGCUUGGAUGCCUGGUCGCGGUGGUUGGGGAGAGAUCUCAUCUACUUCCAAUUGCACCGACUAUCAAGCUCGUCGGUUACACAUCCGUUAUCGACGGACAGGGUCGUCCUCCACACCGGUAGCCUCAUCCGAAGUAUUCACCUCCGCUCUCCCAUUUGCACACACCUUAAACGGCACCGCUGCUGCCGUACCACGACUCAUCGUUGCUUUGCUCGAAAAUGGGGCGCGGUUUGACGAGAAAGGAAACGUCGUGGGCUUCGACUUGCCAGCGGCCUUGCGGCCAUUCUGGAUAGGCGGUAACGAGCGGAAAUUAAACCGAUGGGUUUAG